UUUUUAGGUGCAGAUUGGAUGACAACCCAAAGAUAUUUGCAAAUAUACAAAAAUGCGUAAAACUAUUAGAGGAAAUCGAAUCAAAACGAAUCGAGAAGGAAAAAAGAAUGAACACAACAUAUCACCCUCAUUUUUAUCUCGUGCUCAUUGUAAAUAAGUAGCAAAAAAACAUAGGAAAGGUUGGAUUUGAAAUAUAUGGAAACACAAAUACGUAAAACUAUUAGAGGAAAUCGAAUCAAAACGAAUCGAGAAGGAGAAAAGAAUUAACACAACAUAUCACCCUCAUUUUUAUCUCAUGCUCAUUGUAAAUAAGUAGCAAAAAAACAUAUAAAAGGUUGGAUUUGAAAUAUAUGGAAACACAUUGCGAGUUCAAAUUUGUCAUCUUUAACGGUAUUGUUGUUCAGAUAACAAAAUUUUGGUGCUUCAAAAUGUAUAAUUUCCUCAAAUUAUGGUGGCGUAUGGUUCCAUUUUUUGAAAUUGAAUGAGGGGCAGUUGCACUACAUGGAGGAUGCGAAGGCAAAUUUUCAACCAAGCGACCACAACACCACGACUUUUCUGGACAAUAAGUUCUACUUCCUGGAUAAGAAGAGAAAACUAGGUGUUUUUAGUUGUCGUCGUGGCGUUGAUGGGCUAUACGAAUGGGAACGCGACGUGUACCCGUGGAAGCUCCUACCCCCAUCAUGCCGAGAGCAUUAUCGUGGAUUCUCAUGAGGACCGUAAAUUUAAGAGGGAGUAUCUAGUGGAAUGUGGAGGUGAAAUCAUGUCUAUACUAGUGGGUGAUCUCGGCAAGUCGAUUCUAGUUUACCGGUUUGAUCGACAGAAGAAGGGUUGGUGAAGAGUCAAGAGCUUGGGAUUGAACAUGGUGUUUCUGAGCAACACUUCACGUUCCUCGACUAUGGCAAAAAUUCGAGGAAUGGAAAACAAAAUAUACUUCCCUAGACGUUCAGCCAAAGGAAGCAUUGUGUUUUAUUCGCUAGAUACGCGUAAAUAUCACACGUUGGACUACGAUGAUGAAGCAAUGGAAGACUUCCUACCUACUAGUGAAGUGCACAUUUGUGGUUGGAUAGAACAUAAAGGCCAUGAGUGAAAGAAGUAGUGAUUGUUGAAGAUUUAGUAUUAUAAUAACAUAUUUUGGUUUAUUGUUUUCCCUACAUUAUAUGUAAUUUUUAUACACAUAUGUCACCGUUGCACUCUAGUUCCUAUGAUAAUUAAGUGAAAUAAAUUAUUAAUUUUGGAUUUUUUAAAUGGUCCGAUAAUACAUCAUGUUUAUUAUUUUAAAGGAUUUAUUGCAAGAUUGAUCACUGUGAUUAUUGAAAGGAGAUUGCUAAUUGUCGCACUAAGUUUAUUAUAAUCGCCCUAUAUUAAAAAUUAAAAUCACCUUUUUAUCCUUAUAUCAUUUUUAUUUUUAGGAUAUAUUUUAUUCAAACACCAUAUAUAAGUGUUUGGAAGAAGAAAAAAACACCAUAUAUAAGUAAGAGGUUCUGAUUGUUGUGAUAUGUCUUAAACAAUCUUCUCGUUGAGAAACUGCUCGGCGAAGAGCGGCCACGUUACCAUGGGAACCCCGGCGCAGAUCACCUCCACGGUGGAUUUCCACCAGUGAGUCAAGAACCCGCCGACGACCACGUGGGACAGGAUCAAAACCUGCGGGGCCCACCCUUUAAGGACCAACCCCCGUCCUUUGACUCGCUCCUCGAAUCCAGAGCCCACCAGCCAGUCGUCCAGCUGGGCGGGCCGGCGGUCGGUCUUUGCGGCCCAUACGAAUACCUUACCCGAGGCUUACAGGCCCAGACCCAAUUCUAUCAAUUAGGACGCCAGCAGAGAGAUGAGUCUUAUGGCUCGUAUCUUCAAAGCACUCAACAAGGAGAAACAAGACAUCCCGUGAAACACAAUGCUGUGGGAGUGGGAAGAGUGUUCGAGUGGGUUUCUAGUAAGGAUGGGAAGUAAAUUGAUUCACUCACGAUCUGGUCCAAUAAAUUACGAUUUUGAUCAUAUUAGAUCAACAACUUAAAACAUUCCAUAAUACAAAUCACGCUCAAAAUCAAAUCAUAUUUAACGAUCUAGGGUCUGGAUUGUAUGAUAUGGUUUUAUGCACAAUGAUAGCCUUAAAUCAUAAAAUCCCCCAUCAUCCGUCACUCCAAUACAACGCGACCAAACAUAUACUUCAAAUGACAUUGUUCCUGGUCUUAAAUGUAAUAGACUAAUAGUCAAUCGUCUUCGUUAGGGAUGACAACUUUACCCAUACCCAUGGGUUUCUUACUAUCCAACCCAAUUGGGUUGGGUAUGAAAUCCAAAUAGAUGGAUAUGGGUAGA